AUGGAGAUGGUUGUCUCUGCGAUUGCAGGUGACCUAGUUAAUCGGUUCAUAUCCUUCUUGAUAAAGAAGCACGAGAGCCAUGCAAAUCUAGAGAAGAAGGUGGAAAGGCUACAACAGCUGCUUCGUCGUGUUCACAUGGUCGUCGAGGAGGCCGAGGGGCGAUACAUCACCAACUCCAGACUGUUGCUUGAGCUCAAGAGGCUUGUGGAUGCCAUGUACCAAGGUUAUCAUGUCCUGGACACCAUCAAAUACAGGGUCCUUUGCAGCUCAAGUGAAGAAAAGGAGGUUAGCAGCAGCUCCAAUGCCUUGUCGCUCGUGAAUUCUAUCAACUGCUUUCGUACCAAUUCUAUCAACUGCUUUCAUACCACUAGGAGCACUACAAUAUUUGAUCACCUUGAAAGUUCACUGGAGAACUUAGAAACCAUGGUUUCUAACAUGAAAGAGUUCGUAUUUCUUGUGGGCGGAUGUGAACGCAUGUCCCGAAGCCCUUAUGACACGUACCUAUACACUGAUAACUUCAUGUUUGGACGUCAAGUAGAAAAACAACAAAUCAUGAGUGUUUUGCUGCAAGAAAAUAUUCCCCCUUUCGCUCCAACUGUUCUUCCCAUCAUCAGCACCAAUAGAGUGGGCAAAAAAACUCUAGUCGCGCAUGUUUGUAAUAACGACAGAGUUCAGUCACACUUCUCUUCGAUCUUGCGUCUGAAUGGAGAAAGCAUUUGUAAAACUGAGCAUGGAGCUUUCAUUCAAGCUGGGAGGACUUUGGUUGUGGUUGAAUUUACUUCAGACAUAGAUGAUGAGAGUUGGCAAAAGUUCUAUUCCUCGGCCAAGCGUAUGGGCAAAGGAAGCAAGAUCAUAGUCAUAAGUAGGAUUGAGAAUGUGUCUAGGCUCGGAACCAUAAGGCCGAUGCACAUAAAUAGCUUAUCGCUCGAGGAGUACAGUUACCUCUUCAAGGUCCUUGCAUUCGGAAGCACAAAUCCAGAGGAUCACCCCCAGCUAUCAGCGGUAGCAAGUGAGCUAGCUGUGUUGAUGGGAGGUUCACUUGUGGUAGCAAAUGUGUGCGCCGAUAUCUUCAGAAAGAACCAGAAUGUUCAGUUCUGGCAACGUAUCCUCAACAAGUACAGAAACGUGGUGGCAAACAACCUCUCAGUGUUCCGUGAACAUCCAAAGCUUCUCAUGGAGAGAGAUCGCCAAGUGGAUAUAGCAAAACUUGUGUCGUCGACCUCUGCUCCGCUUCGCCUCAUGCCACCGCACUGUGAAGACGACGAUUCUGUGAGGGAUUUGCCCAAGGUGAGGUUUGGGGACUUGAUCGCCGGCUCGGUUGUUCCACCGAAGGAGGAGUUUGAGUUAGUAGCAUGGGAGUCGCGGAUACCGCCGUAUAAAAAGUAUGUUAACGUUGCUAAAUUCUCUGGUGAGGUGAAUGUUUCUGAACGUGCGGUCUUGCCUAGCAAGAAGCGCAGAAGAUUUAAUCAGAACAAGUAG